AUGACAGAAUCCAGAGAGAAUGCUCUGGGGCUUGACCAGACUCCCUCACAGCACAUCCCAAAGCCAUGGGUGAUUCCAGUGCCAAAUGGGACCCUACAGCGCAUCUUUGGGACCAGCCAGGUGUUCCGGAACUUUGAUGAUAUAAAACCAAAGGCUGCAGGGUUAACAGUGCCCCUCAAAGUCAGGGAGUACUACCAUCGAGGCCAGCAGUGCUUGGAGCAAGAAGACUGGGAGGUGGCCGUGCUGUCCUUCUCCCGUGGCCUCCACCUGGACUCCCAACUGGUAGAAUUCUAUGCCUUGAGAGCCGAGGCCUACAUCCAGCUCUGCGACUUUUCCUCGGCCGCCCAGAACCUUCGAAAGGCCUACUCCUACCAGCCAGAGAACACGGACUUCCUGGAGCGGCUCACCUUGGUGCUUUACCUGAAGGGCCAGUGCCUUUUCGAGCAAUGCGCCUUUCUGGAUGCCCUGAACGUCUUCUCUCAAGCCUCUGAGCUCCAGCCUGAGAAAGUCUGCUUCCGUUAUCGAUGCAUGGCCUGUCUCCUGGCCCUCAAACGGCAUCGUGAAUGCCUCUCAUUCGUCACCAAGGAGGUGAAGCAUGGCACCACCAAUGCCGAUGUCUACAUCCUCCGGGCCAGGCUCUACAACUUCUUCCAGCAGCCCAGCCUCUGCCAUCGAGAUCUACACAGUGCCUUGCUACUGGAUCCCGAGCACCCACAGGCCAAGGUGCUGCUCAAGGUGAUGGUGGGCCAGGCCCAAAAGGCACGCCAAGAUGCCAGCAUCCUGGCCGUGCAGGGCAAGCUACAACAUGCGCUGCAGUGUGUCAACUGUGCCAUCGAGAACAACCCUCUGGACCCCAGCCUCUUCCUCUUCCGGGGCAUCAUGUACCGACGGCUCCGGGAGUUUGACUCCGCCGUGGAGGACUUCCUGAAGGCGUUGGACAUGAUGACCGAGCACCAGGAGGACCUGGUGCAGCAGGCGCAGCGCCAACUGCUGUUGACCUACAACGACUUCGCGGUGCACUGCUACCUGCAGGGCGCCUACCAGGAGAGCGUGCUGCUGCUCAGCAAGGCGCUCAAGGACGAGCAGCGGGAGAAAGGCCUUUACAUCAACCGCGGUGAUUGCUUCUUCCAACUGGGCAACCUGACCUUUGCUGAGGCGGACUACCAGCAGGCGCUGGCGCUGAGUCCGAAGGACGAGGGCGCCCACUUGCGCAUGGCCCUGCUGCAGGAGAAGUUGGGCUUCUGCGAGCAGAAGAGAAGGCAGUUCCAGAAGGCAGAGAACCGCUUCUCAAUGGCCAUCCAGCACAAUCCCCAGAAGCCCCAGUACUACCUGUACCGCGCCAGGAGCCGGCAGCUCACGCAGAACAUUUUUGGGGCCCGCCAGGAUGUUGCCACUGUCCUGCUCCUUGACCCCAAACAACCGAAGCUGCUGCCACUGAUGACCAACCUCUUCCCCGGCAUGUCAGUGGAGGAGGUGCUUAACAGCCAGGUGGCCCACCUGGCCAGGCUGCAGCUGGAGCAGGUGGUGGAGCACAGCCUGCAGGCCGGCACCCCUCAGGAUAUCGUGGGGCAGCUCAAGGAGCGGGAACUAGAGCGCCAGAGGGCCCGGGCCCUGCAGCUUUCGUGGAAGCUGGAGCAGCCUUUGUUCGAGACCUCCAAAGAGCUAGAGGCCCCUCACCAGUCCCUGAAGGCAAAGCCAGAAGGCCCAGAGGAAGAGGCCAAGGCCCCUGGGGAGAAGGAGAUGCGCAGGGAGAUGAAACAUGGAGAAGAGAAGUUGGAGCCGGCCCCCAGCAAGGAGAGGUCCCUGACCGACAGCUACAUCAGCCAGACCUCUUCAGGCUCCAUCUUGGGCUUCAGGACCACGUCCACCUCAGAGACGGAGACGUCCACUGUCUCCCAGGAGUACGGGAGCACGUCGACCACUGUUGUAACAUCCUCUGACUCCUUACCGCUAAGGACACAGUCCUCAGACUCGGGGGACAAGAGGGAAGACCUAAGCCUGAGCCACAGCCCCAGAAAAACCAAGUCCACCCCAGGCCACAGCCAGAGGCCCAGCGAGCCCGAGGCCAUCCAGGUCCAGAGCCAGAGGCCCAGCAGGACCGAGGCUGCCCUGAGCCAGAGCCAGAGGCCCAGCAGGACCAAGGCCAUCCGGGUCCAGAGCCAGAGGCCCAGCAGGACCAAGGCCACCCUGAGCCAGAGCCAGAGGCCCAGCAGGACCGAGGCCGACCAGAUCCAGAGCCAGAGGCCCAGCAGGACCGAGGUCGCCCUGAGCCCAAGGCAAAAGCUUAACAAGACUAAGGCCACCCAGGGCUCAAGGCAGAGGUUCAGAAAGGCCAAGGGUGCCCAUGGCCAGAGCUGGAGACCCAGAAAGGCUGGUGCCACCCAGGACUGGAGCUGGAGACUGAUCCGAAGUCCCAGCAAGAUCAAGACUUUCUAUGACCCAAGUUGGAGCCCCUGCAACACUGAGGCCACCGAGGGCCAGGGCCAGAGCCAGAGGCCCAGCCAGUCCAAGGCUGCCCAGAGCUGGAGCCAGAGCACAAGCCCAGGUUCCGGCAAGACCGAGGUCACCUGGGGACUGAGCCCAAGUCUCAGCAACACGCAGGCCACCCAGGGCCUGAGACAGAACCCCAGCCCCGGCAGUUAGGCUGCUCUGAAGGGGCCGCUCGGCCCCUUCACUUCUUGCUGGGCUGCGGGCGAUUCUGCCCCCACCACUGGCCACUCAGCAAAGCGGCCUCCUCCGGAGCCACCAGAACCUCAGCCAACAUUCCUCUGGUCCC